UUUCUCCCUAAAUAUGAGGGGUACUAACAAGAACAAAGACUUGUUCAUUGAGGGACUUGGCCAAGAACACCAUGAAGGACAUCACGAUAAUUUUAAUACAGAAUUUAGGGGUAAUAACAUGAAUACAUCCGAUGCUAACUUUAAAUAAGGAAGAAGGCAGCAACAUUGAGCUGCUUAAGAAAAGAUUUUCCCUCGGAGCCCAAGUUCUUAAUGACUCUAUCCUUGGCGGGAAUGUAGUCUUUAAGCAACUUAAUGAUAAGCUAAAGAAGCAUGAAGAUCUAUGCGAGGAGUAUAAGGAGUUCUGAAAGAUACCUAGAGGCCCAGCUGAUGAUAUACCUGACAAGUUUGAGAAUAUGACUCUUAAGAAGACUGUUCAUAAUUCUUUGAGGUCAAUGCUUGAGGAAAUACUCCAAAUUGGAGAAUCUCAUCACAAGAAAAACUACCUUGCGAAAGUUAACAAAUGGUACAGAGGCAAACUUCAAGCUAUUGACGAGAGACUAAAGAAAAGGCCAAUUCCUCCUCAUGACCAUCAGCCGGUUGUCACAGACCCAGUUGAAUAUAGGAGGCAGAAAUCAUUAAAGAAGAGAAGGGAAGAAAUAGAGAAGGACGAUAGCCCUGUAAAACGGAUAAAAAUAGAGAAAAGUCCGUUAAAUAAGACCUACCUCCCACCUAUUAACAAGUCUGGGUCUACAACUCUUCCUAAAGGUACGAGCCCAGUGACUUUUAAAAGGGAUGAUUCUGAGAGUGGAGGAUUUUCAAAGAAGGUUAUUUCUCUACAAAGGGCGCCUACUCAGGAUUACUAUGACACUCCAUAUAAGGCCAAUAAUGAGAUAGUAGCACAAGGACUAGAAAUGUGGAAGAAGCAUCGUGAAAAGAAGGUAAUUUUAAAUAGGUCUCAAGGCCAACUCAACAGGAGUAUCGGAAAGUGGGGAAACCAUAAAUCAUUCCAUCAUGAAAGAUCUCUAAUGGUUGCAGACAGACAAAAUAUUGUAUACAAUGAUCACUCCAGAAGUUAUAAGAAGAGCGGAGGUGCAAAGAAGGACAGUCUCAGCAACUCGCUGUUUGUAAACCAAGAAAAGUUCUUGGAAACUGACAGUGAAGGAAACUCUUCUGAAGAUGAUGACAUGUACUCUGCCAACAAUACAAAAGCUCAGGUACAUGAUCUGUCAUACCUUGAAAAUGGAGAAGAGAACUCCGCAUAUUAUUCCAACACUAAAAUAGGUAAUGAUUCUUUCUUCCUGACUAAGAAGGAGUUUGAAGGUAAUCUGUCUCCCAGUAAGAAGGGAGCUGAAGAUCCAAGUGAUAUAAAACCAGGCACUUUGAUGAAUCCAUUACAAAAGUUGAACAGGAUCCAAAAGUUUAGACAUCUUAAGGGAGCGCUGAUUGGUGCUAAUAAAAUCACUGAUGUUGAGAACAUCGAUACAAUCUUUAACACUCAUUCUUCGAUGGAUAGGCACAUCUCUUUAUCUUUAUACACAAGGCCUAAAUCUUUGGUUGAUAGAACAUCUUACCAGGAGGAAAUGGAUACUGAUUCAUUUGGAAUCCUUUCCCUGCGUAAAAUGCCAAAUGAGAAAAACAUUUCCGUUCAAAAAUAUCAGAGUAAUCAUAGUGUGCAAAGAACUAGACAAAUCAAUGAAAUAAGCGCUCUAAAUACUCAGUUAAAUUCCAUGCCUUCACAAAAAGGUGCUAUUCCUGUGACUACAAUUGAGAAGGCUAUCCUGUUCCCUGAGGAUAACACUAAUAUCAAGAGAAAGUAUCCUAAGAUGGAAGACAUGCUUCUUAAGAACCCAUUCGCCAAGAAAAAGAAAGGAAAGAAGAAGAAAGGAAAGAAGAAGAGAUAA